AUGAUGAGGAAGCUGAAGAGCAGGUGUAAGAUGGGGAGCCCCACACUCCAGACCCUCUCUGACCUCUUGCACAGGCACAGGCUCUUCAGGCUCCUACAGCCCACAUGUUCCCCUGGGGAGCCCCGCUGCUAUCAGUCACCAGCUGUGUGUCCUCAUGCCAGUCUCUUAACCUCUCUGUGUCACAUUUUCCCCACCUCCAAGAUGCUGGUAGUAAGAGAUAAUUUCGCGCUUUUCCCAGACACCCCCGCGGCUGUGGAGCCCGCUCUGCCUGCAGGUGCCCUCGGCGCGUGCGCAAUAGAGCCCACCGGCUCCGCCCCGGAAGUCACCUCAGAGCGCUCUGCAGUUUCCGGUUUUACGAAACCCGUGGGGACUGAGAGGGAAGUCGGAGGAGACCGGUUGGCAGGACAGCGAGGUCAGAGCCCUGUGGACAGCAGAGCACACAGAGGAGAGGACUCAGCAGAGCACCAGCGGGCGAGGGGCUGGCAGGGAGCGAGCGGUGCUGGUGGAACCAACCGUUCUGGACACUUUGAGGUGUUUCCUGUAUCUGGGAUGUCCGAGGCUCUGAAUAGGAAAACGAAUACUAUGACUUGCACUCUCCAUUGUGUUUUACCUCAUCUUCUCUGUGGAGAACAAAAGCCACAGUUUCAUUCAGCAGCCAGGGAAAGAAGAAGGAAGUUUCACUUUUGCUUCUUCGGAGGAGCUUUGCCUUCACCUUUGGACAUCCACCUCCAAGCUUCCAGCACAGACUUCAACCUUCCUGUAAAGAACCUCAUCUUCCUGAUACAGACUCGCAGGGACUCUGCAGUGAACUCUGGGUCUUCCAGCUUUGACUGCAUCCUCUUCUCUCCAGGGUAAAGAUGGACGUUUGCAUUCUGCAACCCUAUCUGUAAUGUUUUAUGUUAAAUAUGUUCUAACACAUGUGGCCAUCUCCAUUUCUCUCUGCUGUUUCUUAGCGAUGCUCCAUCUUGCCCAAGCAAAAGGCCUAUUUCUUCCCCAUUCCUUCUUUUGUCUCUUUUGCAUUUUCUUUGAAAUCCUCAAGUUACUUUUCUCAUUACCAGGACAAAAAACCUGAUACCUGCAGUUAAACGGGGGAAGGUUUCUUUCAGCUCACAGUGUGUAGAAGUUUCAAUCCCUAGGUGGCUGGCUCCAAGGCAGGGUGUCAUGGCAGAAAGAAACAUAGCAUGGUGUGACAGGCAGCAAGCAGCAACAGCCUGCCUUUCCCUUUUAUCCCAGGUCAUUUGGAUUCAGGUCCUUUGGAUGGUGCGAUCCAUGCUCAGGUUGGGUCCUCUGCCUUCAUUAAUGCAUUCAGCCAUACCCAGCACUAUGCUAAUUCCAUUCAGUGGACUAAGUUAGUACCACACAUAGUUAGUCCCUGUGUUACCCCAGGUGUAGGCAGCUCUGAAGCGCCCACCUACAGGCACAUGAGGCUUUGGAGGGACAUCUGAAUACAAGCCAUAACACUCAGUUCAUCCUCAAUUUUCCCUCUCCUGACACUACUUUUUGAGAUGUCUUUGUUGCUACAUGCUCUUUCCCAGCUUUCCUGUGGUAAACAGACGCACACUCCCAUUUCCACGCUUGUUCUCACAUGCACAUUCAUCCAUUCAACUGUGGAGACUUCCAGGUAAAUAAUUUAGGACCGCACAACCUAAAUAAGGAGAGACGAGGUACAGGGCCACCAGUGGUGGGAGGGAACAUCAGAGAGGCACCUCCAAAGGGAGGACACUGCAUCUGCUUCUUGAGGGAUAUGGUGCUAACCAGUAGUGCUCCUCAUCGGAGCUGCUGUUUACUGAUCCUUUACCAGGUGCAGGCUGAGCCUACCAUGUGCACUGGUUUGUUUGCUCCUCCCACAAUGUGACCAGCAGAGACUUUUUAUUCCCAUUUGCACAUGAGGAAGCUGAGGCCUUCAGAGUUAACUCACCAAAGGUCCAGCUACUCUGGGAAGUAGGGUCAGGCUAGGAACCCAGGUGUAUUAGCCUGUAGGGCCUGCUUUGAACCCACCUGGCUGUAUUCACAGCCCUCGCCAGGCAGAAGGGACGGGAAGUGCAUCUCGAGGCUGAGUGAAGAGCAGGAGGAAAGGCAUGAAGGCAGGAGGGAGCAGAGGGAGCUCGUUGGUGGGAGGUCAGCUAUGCAGCCUCGCUCAGUGGGUCGAGACCUAUGGAUGGAGCAGAGUCCCCAGAGGAAGGGCAUAACCAGGGAGUUGUGAACACUGUCCCCUAGACUUCAUGCUGUGGGGCUGUUUCCUUAGCAGGCUGAGCCCAGACACGUGCUCCCUGCAUCCCUGAAUCUUCUGGCUAUGCCUUGAGAGUCUCUCUUCGGAUGUGGGCAUCACAUACGGCAUUUUGAGCCCACAGGACAGUGAAGUACCCUGACAGAGCUGGCAUGGGUACUCUUUUCUCACCUUUAUGUUUUCAAAAUCGUGUAUUUCACCUGUGUCACUGCAGAUUCCUCACCCAUAUUAAAUCCCUGGAUUUACUAAUGACAAAUAAAUAUAUGAAAAAAUGUUCAA